CUAACAUUGGCACAUGCAAGUCCAUGUGCUGAGAAAAGAUGGCUCACUUAUCGACUUGGGUGUGGUCGAUAUUUCUGUUUUUGGCGUUCUUCUCUCGAUAUAGCGGGGCGCUUGACUACGCUCCGCUGGGCUGCUUCAAGGACUCAAGAGAUCGAGCAUUACCAGUUUACAUUCACAGAGUCAGCGGGGUCGAUUUCAAAGAGGAUGGUUCGAACAACCAACAGUUCUUUCAGCAAUGCUACGAGAAGGCCAAGGCUCACAAGCCACCUCUGACCUUCUUCGGUAUUCAGAACAAGUACGAGUGUUGGGGGACGACGGAGCCGACGUUUGCCAAACACGGAUGCAUGGAUAACUGCCAUAAUAAGGGGAAGGGCGCGUUCGGUGUCGGCGGAGGCUGGUCCAACUAUGUCUACAUGCUGAUCUAUUCACGCCGCCGAAGAUCUGCAGACACCCCUUGUAGCAAAUCUUGUGGAUCUGGUGUAAGCAGUACGUACACAACAGCUGAGAUGACGGGAGACAAGUGUCAAGCGGGAACCAAAAAAGUCAUCAUACACACCAAGGCGUGUAACACAGACCCUUGCCCAGAUGAGGAUGCCAAGUCCUACGAGUCCCUUGGGUGUUACAAAGACGCCUGGGACCGUGCAUUACCAACCUACCUGAACAAAGUGUCCGGCGUGACCUUCGUGUCAGGAGGAAACCACCAGGAGUUUGUCCAGCAAUGCUACGAGAAGGCCAAGGCUCACAAGCCACCGCUGACCUUCUUCGGUAUUCAGAACAAAUACGAGUGUUGGGGGACGACGGAGGAGACAUUUGCCAAACACGGAUGCAUGGAUAACUGUCAUAAAGGAAAAGAUGGGCUCAAUAUCGGCGGUGACUGGUCAACAUAUGUCUAUAUGCUGAGAAAGUCCAGAGGUCGACGGUCCUUAGACACCCCUUGUAGCAAAUCUUGUGGAUCUGGUGUAAGCAGUACGUACACAACAGCUGAGAUGACGGGAGACAAGUGUCAAGCGGGAACCAAAAAAGUCAUCAUACACACCAAGGCGUGUAACACAGACCCUUGCCCAGAUGAUCCCUACGAGUCCCUUGGGUGCUACAAAGACGCCUGGGACCGUGCAUUACCAACCUACCUGAACAAAGUGUCCGGCGUGACCUUCGUGUCCGGAGGAAACCACCAGGAGUUUGUCCAGCAAUGCUACGAGAAGGCCAAGGCUCACAAGCCACCGCUGACCUUCUUCGGUAUUCAGAACAAAUACGAGUGUUGGGGGACGACGGAGGAGACAUUUGCCAAACACGGAUGCAUGGAUAACUGUCAUAAAGGAAAAGAUGGGCUCAAUAUCGGCGGUGACUGGUCAACAUAUGUCUAUAUGCUGAGAAAGUCCAGAGGUCGACGGUCCUUAGACACCCCUUGUAGCAAAUCUUGUGGAUCUGGUGUAAGCAGUACGUACACAACAGCUGAGAUGACGGGAGACAAGUGUCAAGCGGGAACCAAAAAAGUCAUCAUACACACCAAGGCGUGUAACACAGACCCUUGCCCAGAUGAUCCCUACGAGUCCCUUGGGUGCUACAAAGACGCCUGGGACCGUGCAUUACCAACCUACCUGAACAAAGUGUCCGGCGUGACCUUCGUGUCCGGAGGAAACCACCAGGAGUUUGUCCAGCAAUGCUACGAGAAGGCCAAGGCUCACAAGCCACCGCUGACCUUCUUCGGUAUUCAGAACAAAUACGAGUGUUGGGGGACGACGGAGGCGACAUAUGCUAAACACGGAUGCAUGGAUAACUGCCAUAAAGGAAAAGAUGGGCUCAAUAUCGGCGGUGACUGGUCAACAUAUGUCUAUAUGCUGAGAAAGUCCAGAAGUCGACGGUCCUUAGAUUCUUGCAGCAAGUCAUGCGGAUCAGGAGUUACACAAGUGUACAAGAUCGUUGAUAGGAGAGGAGAGAAGUGUGAGGCAGGAACAAAAGAAGCCGUCCUGAAGACAGAAGCCUGUAAUACGAAACCUUGUCCAGUAAAUGGAGCAUGGUCUGAUUUCUCCAAGUGGUCAACUUGCUCCAAGUCUUGUGGGGGAGGGAUCAUGUCUCGAACAAGAACCUGUACCAACCCUAAACCUGCUCACGGAGGCAAGGAGUGCGAAGGAGACGACAAAGAGACGAAGGCGUGUGGAAUUUCACCUUGCCCUGUAAAUGGAGAAUGGUCUGAUUUCUCCAAAUGGUCAACUUGCUCCAAGUCUUGUGGGGGAGGGAUCAUGUCUCGAACAAGAACCUGUUCCAAUCCUAAACCUGCUCACGGAGGCAAGGAGUGCGAGGGAGACGCCAAAGAGACGAAGGCGUGUGGAAUUUCACCCUGCCCAGUAAAUGGCGGUUGGUCGGAUUUCUCCAAAUGGUCCUCUUGUACUAAGUCUUGUGGGGGAGGUAUCAUGUCUCGAACAAGAACCUGCACCAACCCUAAACCUGCUAACGGAGGCCAGGAAUGCAAGGGAGACGAAACGGAGACAAAGGCUUGUGGAACAAAGAAAUGCGAAGGUGGCUUCGAGUCCUCGAGCAUCAUUGGUGAUGAGGACGAAUACAUGAAAGACCUGCUGAGCUUCCUGAAGCCUGUACAGCAAAGUCCAACUAGCUGGUGGGGGAACUGCUAUACUGCUAGUAGGGAUGGCUGGGAGGCCAAAACGUUUCAUCAAAAGUGUGACGGAAAAGGACCUACGGUUACAAUUGUGCGUGUUGGCAAGAACAUAUUUGGCGGCUACUCCGAUAACUCUUGGACCAGUUCAAACAAAUACAUGAAAUCUGGCAAGGCUUUCCUUUACACUUUGUACAAUCCCAGAGGCUACAAACCAGAGAAACUUCCUGGAACAUCUUCAAACAACGUGCACUCUAUAUAUGGUGGUGCUACCUACGGCCCCACGUUUGGAGGAGGUCAUGACCUGUACAUCGUCGACAAGGCAAACACUCAGAAAUCCUCCUAUACAAACCCCUAUUCAUACCAGCGACCUACCGGCUGCAGUGGAAACACCUGCUUGGCCGGCAGUUAUCAGUUUACACCUAACGAAGUGGAAGUAUUUUAUGAGUUCAAGUCAAAACCUGAAAAAGUUGACGGUGGUUGGACUGAAUUCUCUGAAUGGUCUAAAUGCACUAGAGUUUGUGGGAAGGGCUCCUCUACACGUAACCGAACUUGCACGAACCCUGAGCCCGCUUGGGGAGGCAAAAAGUGUGUUGGACCCUCCGUCGAAACCAAAUCAUGCGGAACUGACGAAUGUGACGGAGGCUUCGACUCGUCUUCUAUUCUUGAUGGAAACAUCGACUACAUGAACGAUUUGCACAUGUUUCUGAGACCGGUCGAACAAUAUCCAACCAGCUGGUGGGGGAACUGCUACACUGCUAGUAGGGAUGGCUGGGAGGCCAAAACGUUUCAUCAAAAGUGUGACGGAAAAGGACCUACGGUUACAAUUGUGCGUGUUGGCAAGAACAUAUUCGGCGGCUACUCCGAUAACUCUUGGACCAGUUCAAACAAAUACAUGAAUUCUGGCAAGGCUUUCCUUUACACUUUGUACAAUCCCAGAGGCUACAAACCAGAGAAACUUCCUGGAACAUCUUCAAACAACGUGCACUCUAUAUAUGGUGGCGCUACCUACGGCCCCACGUUUGGAGGAGGUCAUGACCUGUACAUCGUCGACAAGGCAAACACUCAGAAAUCUUCCUAUACCAACCCCUAUUCGUACCAGCGACCUACCGGCUGCAGUGGAAACAACUGCUUGGCCGGCAGUUACCAGUUUACACCUAACGAAGUGGAAGUAUUUUAUGAGUUCAAAUCAAAACCUGAUAAAGUCAAUGGUGGAUGGUCUGAGUGGACGUCAUGGUCUGACUGCACCAGAGUCUGUGGAAAGGGAACAUCUACCCGUAAGAGAUCCUGCACAAACCCCAAACCUGCCUGGGGAGGCAGCGAUUGCAUUGGCAAAGAAGUGGAAACAAAAUCCUGCGGAACAGACAAGUGCGACGGAGGCCUUGAGUCUUCAACGAGCAUUGGGGACAAAAUUGAGUACCUAAAUGACUUGUACAUGUUCCUGCGACCGGUUCAGCAAAGUUCGAAGAGCUGGUGGGGCAGCUGCUACACCGCAAGUAGGGAUGGCUGGGAGGCAAAGACGUUUCAUCAAAAGUGUGAUGGAAAAGGACCAACAGUCACCAUUGUACGUGUUGGCAAAAACGUCUUCGGCGGCUACUCCGACAACUCUUGGACUAGUUCAAACAAAUACAUGAAUUCUGGCAAGGCUUUCCUUUACACUUUGUACAAUCCCAGAGGCUACAAACCAGAGAAACUUCCUGGAACAUCUUCAAACAACGUGCACUCUAUAUAUGGUGGCGCUACCUACGGCCCCACGUUUGGAGGAGGUCAUGACCUGUACAUCGUCGACAAGGCAAACACUCAGAAAUCCUCCUAUACCAACCCCUAUUCAUACCAGCGACCUACCGGCUGCAGUGGAAAUACCUGCUUGGCCGGCAGUUAUCAGUUUACACCUAACGAAGUGGAAGUAUUUUAUGAGUUCAAGUCAAAACCUGAAAAAGUUGACGGUGGUUGGACUGAAUUCUCUGAAUGGUCUAAAUGCACUAGAGUUUGUGGGAAGGGCUCCUCUACACGUAACCGAACUUGCACGAACCCUGAGCCCGCUUGGGGAGGCAAAAAGUGUGUUGGACCCUCCGUCGAAACCAAAUCAUGCGGAACUGACGAAUGUGACGGAGGCUUCGACUCGUCUUCUAUUCUUGAUGGAAACAUCGACUACAUGAACGAUUUGCACAUGUUUCUGAGACCGGUCGAACAAUAUCCAACCAGCUGGUGGGGGAACUGCUACACUGCUAGUAGGGAUGGCUGGGAGGCCAAAACGUUUCAUCAAAAGUGUGACGGAAAAGGACCUACGGUUACAAUUGUGCGUGUUGGCAAGAACAUAUUCGGCGGCUACUCCGAUAACUCUUGGACCAGUUCAAACAAAUACAUGAAAUCUGGCAAGGCUUUCCUUUACACUUUGUACAAUCCCAGAGGCUACAAACCAGAGAAACUUCCUGGAACAUCUUCAAACAACGUGCACUCUAUAUAUGGUGGUGCUACCUACGGCCCCACGUUUGGAGGAGGUCAUGACCUGUACAUCGUCGACAAGGCAAACACUCAGAAAUCCUCCUAUACCAACCCCUAUUCAUACCAGCGACCUACCGGCUGCAGUGGAAACACCUGCUUGGCCGGCAGUUAUCAGUUUACACCUAACGAAGUGGAAGUAUUUUAUGAGUUCAAGUCAAAACCUGAAAAAGUUGACGGUGGUUGGACUGAAUUCUCUGAAUGGUCUAAAUGCACUAGAGUUUGUGGGAAGGGCUCCUCUACACGUAACCGAACUUGCACGAACCCUGAGCCCGCUUGGGGAGGCAAAAAGUGUGUUGGACCCUCCGUCGAAACCAAAUCAUGCGGAACUGACGAAUGUGACGGAGGCUUCGACUCGUCUUCUAUUCUUGAUGGAAACAUCGACUACAUGAACGAUUUGCACAUGUUUCUGAGACCGGUCGAACAAUAUCCAACCAGCUGGUGGGGGAACUGCUACACUGCUAGUAGGGAUGGCUGGGAGGCCAAAACGUUUCAUCAAAAGUGUGACGGAAAAGGACCUACGGUUACAAUUGUGCGUGUUGGCAAGAACAUAUUCGGCGGCUACUCCGAUAACUCUUGGACCAGUUCAAACAAAUACAUGAAAUCUGGCAAGGCUUUCCUUUACACUUUGUACAAUCCCAGAGGCUACAAACCAGAGAAACUUCCUGGAACAUCUUCAAACAACGUGCACUCUAUAUAUGGUGGUGCUACCUACGGCCCCACGUUUGGAGGAGGUCAUGACCUGUACAUCGUCGACAAGGCAAACACUCAGAAAUCCUCCUAUACCAACCCCUAUUCAUACCAGCGACCUACCGGCUGCAGUGGAAACACCUGCUUGGCCGGCAGUUAUCAGUUUACACCUAACGAAGUGGAAGUAUUUUAUGAGUUCAAGUCAAAACCUGAAAAAGUUGACGGUGGUUGGACUGAAUUCUCUGAAUGGUCUAAAUGCACUAGAGUUUGUGGGAAGGGCUCCUCUACACGUAACCGAAGUUGCACGAACCCUGAGCCCGCUUGGGGAGGCAAAAAGUGUGUUGGACCCUCAGUCGAAACCAAAUCAUGCGGAACUGACAAAUGUGACGGAGGCUUCGACUCGUCUUCUAUUCUUGAUGGAAACAUCGACUACAUGAACGAUUUGCACAUGUUUCUGAGACCGGUCGAACAAUAUCCAACCAGCUGGUGGGGGAACUGCUACACUGCUAGUAGGGAUGGCUGGGAGGCCAAAACGUUUCAUCAAAAGUGUGACGGAAAAGGACCUACAGUUACAAUUGUGCGUGUUGGCAAGAACAUAUUCGGCGGCUACUCCGAUAACUCUUGGACCAGUUCAAACAAAUACAUGAAAUCUGGCAAGGCUUUCCUUUACACUUUGUACAAUCCCAGAGGCUACAAACCAGAGAAACUUCCUGGAACAUCUUCAAACAACGUGCACUCUAUAUAUGGUGGUGCUACCUACGGCCCCACGUUUGGAGGAGGUCAUGACCUGUACAUCGUCGACAAGGCAAACACUCAGAAAUCCUCCUAUACCAACCCCUAUUCAUACCAGCGACCUACCGGCUGCAGUGGAAACACCUGCUUGGCCGGCAGUUAUCAGUUUACACCUAACGAAGUGGAAGUAUUUUAUGAGUUCAAGUCAAAACCUGAAAAAGUUGACGGUGGUUGGACUGAAUUCUCUGAAUGGUCUAAAUGCACUAGAGUUUGUGGGAAGGGCUCCUCUACACGUAACCGAAGUUGCACGAACCCUGAGCCCGCUUGGGGAGGCAAAAAGUGUGUUGGACCCUCCGUCGAAACCAAAUCAUGCGGAACUGACAAAUGUGACGGAGGCUUCGACUCGUCUUCUAUUCUUGAUGGAAACAUCGACUACAUGAACGAUUUGCACAUGUUUCUGAGACCGGUCGAACAAUAUCCAACCAGCUGGUGGGGGAACUGCUACACUGCUAGUAGGGAUGGCUGGGAGGCCAAAACGUUUCAUCAAAAGUGUGACGGAAAAGGACCUACGGUUACAAUUGUGCGUGUUGGCAAGAACAUAUUCGGCGGCUACUCCGAUAACUCUUGGACCAGUUCAAACAAAUACAUGAAUUCUGGCAAGGCUUUCCUUUACACUUUGUACAAUCCCAGAGGCUACAAACCAGAGAAACUUCCUGGAACAUCUUCAAACAACGUGCACUCUAUAUAUGGUGGCGCUACCUACGGCCCCACGUUUGGAGGAGGUCAUGACCUGUACAUCGUCGACAAGGCAAACACUCAGAAAUCUUCCUAUACCAACCCCUAUUCGUACCAGCGACCUACCGGCUGCAGUGGAAACACUUGCUUGGCCGGCAGUUACCAGUUUACACCUAACGAAGUGGAAGUAUUUUAUGAGUUCAAAUCAAAACCUGAUAAAGUCAAUGGUGGAUGGUCUGAGUGGACGUCAUGGUCUGACUGCACCAGAGUCUGUGGAAAGGGAACAUCUACCCGUAAGAGAUCCUGCACAAACCCCAAACCUGCCUGGGGAGGCAGCGAUUGCAUUGGCAAAGAAGUGGAAACAAAAUCCUGCGGAACAGACAAGUGCGACGGAGGCCUUGAGUCUUCAACGAGCAUUGGGGACAAAAUUGAGUACCUAAAUGACUUGUACAUGUUCCUGCGACCGGUUCAGCAAAGUUCGAAGAGCUGGUGGGGCAGCUGCUACACCGCAAGUAGGGAUGGCUGGGAGGCAAAGACGUUUCAUCAAAAGUGUGAUGGGAAAGGACCAACAGUCACCAUUGUACGUGUUGGCAAAAACGUCUUCGGCGGCUACUCCGACAACUCUUGGACUAGUUCAAACAAUUACAUGAAAUCUGGCAAGGCUUUCCUUUACACUUUGUACAAUCCCAGAGGCUACAAACCAGAGAAACUUCCUGGAACAUCUUCAAACAACGUGCACUCUAUAUAUGGUGGCGCUACCUACGGCCCCACGUUUGGAGGAGGUCAUGACCUGUACAUCGUCGACAAGGCAAACACUCAGAAAUCCUCCUAUACCAACCCCUAUUCAUACCAGCGACCUACCGGCUGCAGUGGAAACACCUGCUUGGCCGGCAGUUAUCAAUUUACACCUAACGAAGUGGAAGUAUUUUAUGAGUUCAAGUCAAAACCUGAAAAAGUUGACGGUGGUUGGACUGAAUUCUCUGAAUGGUCUAAAUGCACUAGAGUUUGUGGGAAGGGCUCCUCUACACGUAACCGAACUUGCACGAACCCUGAGCCCGCUUGGGGAGGCAAAAAGUGUGUUGGACCCUCCGUAGAAACCAAAUCAUGCGGAACUGACGAAUGUGACGGAGGCUUUGACUCGUCUUCUAUCCUUGAUGGAAACAUCGACUACAUGAACGAUUUGCACAUGUUUCUGAGACCGGUCGAACAAUAUCCAACCAGCUGGUGGGGGAACUGCUAUACUGCUAGUAGGGAUGGCUGGGAGGCCAAAACGUUUCAUCAAAAGUGUGACGGAAAAGGACCUACAGUUACAAUUGUGCGUGUUGGCAAGAACAUAUUCGGCGGCUACUCCGAUAACUCUUGGACCAGUUCAAACAAAUACAUGAAAUCUGGCAAGGCUUUCCUUUACACUUUGUACAAUCCCAGAGGCUACAAACCAGAGAAACUUCCUGGAACAUCUUCAAACAACGUGCACUCUAUAUAUGGUGGUGCUACCUACGGCCCCACGUUUGGAGGAGGUCAUGACCUGUACAUCGUCGACAAGGCAAACACUCAGAAAUCCUCCUAUACCAACCCCUAUUCAUACCAGCGACCUACCGGCUGCAGUGGAAACACCUGCUUGGCCGGCAGUUAUCAGUUUACACCUAACGAAGUGGAAGUAUUUUAUGAGUUCAAGUCAAAACCUGAAAAAGUUGACGGUGGUUGGACUGAAUUCUCUGAAUGGUCUAAAUGCACUAGAGUUUGUGGGAAGGGCUCCUCUACACGUAACCGAAGUUGCACGAACCCUGAGCCCGCUUGGGGAGGCAAAAAGUGUGUUGGACCCUCCGUCGAAACCAAAUCAUGCGGAACUGACAAAUGUGACGGAGGCUUCGACUCGUCUUCUAUUCUUGAUGGAAACAUCGACUACAUGAACGAUUUGCACAUGUUUCUGAGACCGGUCGAACAAUAUCCAACCAGCUGGUGGGGGAACUGCUACACUGCUAGUAGGGAUGGCUGGGAGGCCAAAACGUUUCAUCAAAAGUGUGACGGAAAAGGACCUACGGUUACAAUUGUGCGUGUUGGCAAGAACAUAUUCGGCGGCUACUCCGAUAACUCUUGGACCAGUUCAAACAAAUACAUGAAUUCUGGCAAGGCUUUCCUUUACACUUUGUACAAUCCCAGAGGCUACAAACCAGAGAAACUUCCUGGAACAUCUUCAAACAACGUGCACUCUAUAUAUGGUGGCGCUACCUACGGCCCCACGUUUGGAGGAGGUCAUGACCUGUACAUCGUCGACAAGGCAAACACUCAGAAAUCUUCCUAUACCAACCCCUAUUCGUACCAGCGACCUACCGGCUGCAGUGGAAACACUUGCUUGGCCGGCAGUUACCAGUUUACACCUAACGAAGUGGAAGUAUUUUAUGAGUUCAAAUCAAAACCUGAUAAAGUCAAUGGUGGAUGGUCUGAGUGGACGUCAUGGUCUGACUGCACCAGAGUCUGUGGAAAGGGAACAUCUACCCGUAAGAGAUCCUGCACAAACCCCAAACCUGCCUGGGGAGGCAGCGAUUGCAUUGGCAAAGAAGUGGAAACAAAAUCCUGCGGAACAGACAAGUGCGACGGAGGCCUUGAGUCUUCAACGAGCAUUGGGGACAAAAUUGAGUACCUAAAUGACUUGUACAUGUUCCUGCAACCGGUUCAGCAAAGUUCGAAGAGCUGGUGGGGCAGCUGCUACACCGCAAGUAGGGAUGGCUGGGAGGCAAAGACGUUUCAUCAAAAGUGUGAUGGGAAAGGACCAACAGUCACCAUUGUACGUGUUGGCAAAAACGUCUUCGGCGGCUACUCCGACAACUCUUGGACUAGUUCAAACAAUUACAUGAAAUCUGGCAAGGCUUUCCUUUACACUUUGUACAAUCCCAGAGGCUACAAACCAGAGAAACUUCCUGGAACAUCUUCAAACAACGUGCACUCUAUAUAUGGUGGCGCUACCUACGGCCCCACGUUUGGAGGAGGUCAUGACCUGUACAUCGUCGACAAGGCAAACACUCAGAAAUCCUCCUAUACCAACCCCUAUUCAUACCAGCGACCUACCGGCUGCAGUGGAAACACCUGCUUGGCCGGCAGUUAUCAAUUUACACCUAACGAAGUGGAAGUAUUUUAUGAGUUCAAGUCAAAACCUGAAAAAGUUGACGGUGGUUGGACUGAAUUCUCUGAAUGGUCUAAAUGCACUAGAGUUUGUGGGAAGGGCUCCUCUACACGUAACCGAACUUGCACGAACCCUGAGCCCGCUUGGGGAGGCAAAAAGUGUGUUGGACCCUCCGUAGAAACCAAAUCAUGCGGAACUGACGAAUGUGACGGAGGCUUUGACUCGUCUUCUAUCCUUGAUGGAAACAUCGACUACAUGAACGAUUUGCACAUGUUUCUGAGACCGGUCGAACAAUAUCCAACCAGCUGGUGGGGGAACUGCUAUACUGCUAGUAGGGAUGGCUGGGAGGCCAAAACGUUUCAUCAAAAGUGUGACGGAAAAGGACCUACAGUUACAAUUGUGCGUGUUGGCAAGAACAUAUUCGGCGGCUACUCCGAUAACUCUUGGACCAGUUCAAACAAAUACAUGAAAUCUGGCAAGGCUUUCCUUUACACUUUGUACAAUCCCAGAGGCUACAAACCAGAGAAACUUCCUGGAACAUCUUCAAACAACGUGCACUCUAUAUAUGGUGGUGCUACCUACGGCCCCACGUUUGGAGGAGGUCAUGACCUGUACAUCGUCGACAAGGCAAACACUCAGAAAUCCUCCUAUACCAACCCCUAUUCAUACCAGCGACCUACCGGCUGCAGUGGAAACAACUGCUUGGCCGGCAGUUACCAGUUUACACCUAACGAAGUGGAAGUGUUUUAUGAGUUCAAAUCAAAACCUGAUAAAGUCAAUGGUGGAUGGUCUGAGUGGACGUCAUGGUCUGACUGCACCAGAGUCUGUGGAAAGGGAACAUCUACCCGUAAGAGAUCCUGCACAAACCCCAAACCUGCCUGGGGAGGCAGCGAUUGCAUUGGCAAAGUGGUGGAAACAAAAUCCUGCGGAACAGACAAGUGCGACGGAGGUCUUGAGUCUUCGACAAGCAUUGGAGACAAGCUUGAGUACCUAAACGAUUUGUACUUGUUCUUGAGACCGGUCCAACAACGGCCAGGGAGUCGAUGGCGCAACUGCUACACCGCAAGUAGGGAUGGCUGGGAGGCAAAGACGUUUCAUCAAAAGUGUGACGGAAAAGGACCAACAGUCACCAUUGUGCGUGUUGGCAAAAACGUCUUCGGUGGCUACUCCGACAACUUUUGGACUAGUUCAAACAGUUACAUGAGUUCAAACAAGGCUUUCCUGUACACCUUGUACAAUCCCAGAGGCUACAAACCAGAGAAACUUCCUGGAAAAUCUUCAACCAACGUGCACUCUAUAUACAGCGGCGCCAGUUACGGCCCCACGUUUGGAGGAGGUCAUGACCUGUACAUUGCCGACAAGGCAAACACUCAGAAAUCCUCCUAUACCAACCCCUAUUCAUACCAGCAACCUUCCGGUUGUAGUGGAAACACCUGCUUGGCCGGUAGUUACCAGUUUACACCAAGUGAGGUUGAGGUUUUUUAUGAAGCAAGUUAAUUUCGUAUAUCGGUUUUUGCUUUUAUUUGGCUUUAUAUUGAUACAAUUUAAGUAGGUGGGGUUAGAUGUGAUGUUUUUAGAGGUUUGCGGCCUCCAUGAUUAUUUUUGCGUUUUAUUAGCAGGUGAAGGGUUGGAAAAUGCGACUUGUAUUUUUAAUGUACGUCAAUCUGGCUUUAGAUUAUAGUCGAAGGUAUUGUUGUCAUUAUGGUAUCAUUAGUAUCAUUAUUAUUUACCAAUUCUUGUUUAUGGUUGAAACUAAAGUAAGGUUCUACCUAAUAUUAUCAACAUGGUAAUAUCUAUAUUCAAAAUGGUGUUGGUUUACUCCUUGGUAAAAUAAAGCAUUGCAAUUGCAGUA